UAUGUAGUUUGUGCUAAUUGUACUGUGGUUAUUGUCCUUAUUUGUUAUGUUCUUAUUGUCCUCUAGUAGGAAAUGUAAUAUCAAUUAUAUAGUUGUGCGAUUUUAACAUUAUUUGAAAGCAUUUUAAUUGAAAUACAUUUUUUUUUUACCAAAGAGGCUUUCAUGGAUGUUGUAAAUUAUUAACUUUUUCUUCAAGAAAGUGUUGUAUUUCUAAUGACAAAAUUCCAGCAUUUUAGAAUUGUUAAAAUCUUUAUGAAGCACAUCACUGAAGAUGAGGUUGAAAGAAUUGGCUUUUAUUAUUCUAAUAAUGAUUCCAGGACAACUGUAUGCAGAAGAGAAAACUUGUGGUUUUCCAACUGUGCACAAUGGAAGAAUAGCCCAAUAUUACUAUACUUUUAAAAGUUUUUACUUUCCAAUGAACAUAGACAGCAAAUUGUCAUUUUUGUGCUUGGCUGGUUAUACAACUGGAAAUGGAAAACAAGAAGGGCGAACCAAAUGCACACCCGAAGGCUGGUCUCCGGAGCCCCGGUGCUUCAAAAAAUGCACUAAACCUGACCUGAUAAAUGGUUACAUUGCUGAUGAAAAAGUGUUAUACAAAUUUCAAGAGAAUGUGACUUAUCGCUGUACCUCUGGAUACAAAACCACUGGAGGGCAUGAUGAAGAAGUUAUCCAGUGUCUUCCUGAUGGAUGGUCUUCUCAACCAUCCUGUACAAAGGAGCACGAAACAUGUCUGGCGCCUGAAUUGCAUAAUGGAAAUUAUUCCACGACACAGAGAACAUUCAAAGUGAAGGACAAAGUGCAGUACGAAUGUGCUGCCGGCUACUACACGGCUGCGGGAAAGCAGUCAGAGGAGGCUGAGUGCCGCACAUCCGGCUGGGCUCAAGCCCCAAAGUGUACCAAAUUAAAGUGUUCUUCUUUGAGGUUACUGGAAAAUGGAUAUUUUCAUCCUGUAAAGCAAACCUAUGAGGAAGGAGAUGUAGUUCAAUUUUUCUGUCAUGAAAAUUAUUAUCUGAGUGGAUCUGACUUAAUUCAGUGCUAUAACUUUGGCUGGUAUCCAGGAUCUCCUGUGUGUGAAGGAAGAAGAAAUAGAUGCCCUCCUCCACCUUUACCUCUAAACUCCAAAAUUCAAGCAUAUUCAACAAGUUAUCGUCACGGUGAAGUAGUUCAUAUAGAAUGUGAGCUUAAUUUUGUGAUUCAGGGCUCAGAAGAAAUACGUUGUGAAAAUGGAAAAUGGACAGAACCUCCAAAAUGCAUUGAGGAAAAGGAGAAGGUUGCCUGUGAGGAACCUCCUGUCAUUGUGAAUGGUACAGCAAACGUGCGCUCUGGGACUUAUUAUAAUGGGGACAAAGUGAUGUACAGAUGUGAAAGGGGCUACCGUCUCCGUGGAUCAAAUGAGAUAACUUGUACUCAUGGAAAAUGGACACUUCCCCCCGAGUGUGUUGAAAAUAAUGAGAAUUGUAAGCCUCCACCUGAAAUAGCAAAUGGGGCUAUUACUGAUGGGUUAUUGUCAAGUUAUACAACAGGGUCUUCAGUGGAGUAUAAAUGCAAUGAAUACUAUUUACUGGAAGGAUCAAAAAUAUCUCGGUGUGAACAAGGAAAAUGGUCAUCUCCACCUGUUUGCUUGGAGCCAUGCACUGUUGAUGUGGAUUAUAUGAACAGAAAUAACAUAGAGAUGAAAUGGAAAUACGAAGGAAAGGUCUUGCAUGGAGAUUUAAUUGAUUUUGUCUGUAAACAAGGAUAUGACUCGUCUCUGUCAACUUCACUGUCGGGGUUAUCUGUGCAGUGCAACAGAGGAGAAGUGCGAUACCCUUUGUGUGCUAGAAAAGAAUCUAAAGGAAAGUGUGUGUUGCCUCCUCUUAUAAGAAAUGGAGUCAUUAUCAGUUCAAAAGUAGACACCUACGAGAAUGGUUCCUCUGUGGAAUACAGUUGUUUUGAGCACCAUUUUCUACAAGGAUCUAAGGAGAUCUAUUGUAUAGAGGGAGUGUGGACUACGCCACCAGUGUGCUUAGAGCCUUGCACAUUAUCUUCCGAUGAAAUGCAAAAGAAUAAUUUACUCUUGAAAUGGUAUUUUGACAAUAGACCACAUAUUCUCCACGGCGAGUAUAUUGAAUUUCUUUGUAGUAGAGACACUUACAUAGAGGAGUCCUCUAUUAUGGGGUCGAAGCUUAGAGUACAGUGUAACAGAGGCGAGUUGAAGUACCCAACAUGUAUUCCAAGAGAAAGGAUCCCUUCUUAUCAAGAACCUUUAAGAACAUAAGAAUGAAUGUCAGAAAGAAGAGCAGUAAUUCAACUCAUCAUAACAUCCCUAAUGAAAUAUAAAUUUAGAAGGAAUAUAUUGAAUUAUAAACCUCUAGGUAUUUACUUGCUUAAAGAAUUGAAUCUGAAUUGCUUCUGUUGGACAUGUUGUUUAUUUAUAAAUAAAAGUGCAAAAUAUUA